GCAAAUCACUUGUUUUUCAGCAAAUCACAUGACGAGCAUAUUUUCAAAAACUUGUUUUCUGGGUUUUGGGUUCUAGAGUUCCAUAAGCACGCAAAUUGGGGUUUUCUUUCAUCAAGGUUUUGGAAUCAAAUUGACAUGUGAAUUAGGAUCAGAAGGUUUUGAAAAGCUUUUCUGCAUAUCUAUUUUGCUUCCGCUAACUCUCUUAUGCAGCACUGUGGAGAUGUCCUGGCCAUAUUACAAUGCACACAGAAAAUUAAGAGAAAGUUUUCAGCUUAGCAAAAUUUGAAAGAUAAAUACGUACAUAAAAUUUUCUUUUGCUCCAUAGUAAUACCAGUUUUCAGCCUGAACCAGAUCCCAAUCCUAGGAGGUUCCAACUAUAUUGACUGGAAAGAUCAACUAUUGCUACACCUAGGAAUGCAGAACUUAGAUGUGUGUCUGUUGCAAGACAAACCUACUGAACUCACCCCAGAAAGCACUAAAGAUCAGAAAGACUAAUAUUAUAAGUGGGUUAGAGCAAACAGUAUGGCCCUCAACAUCAUAAAACUUUCCAUGUCCAAAACUGUCAAGGGUAGCAUACCAAAGAAGGAGUUGGCAAAAGAAUACCUGGAAGCUGUAGCCCUGAAAUUUAAAGAAAAUGAAAAAGCUGAAGCCUCUCAACUUAUGCACAUCUUUGACACUAUGAGAUAUAAUGGCACUGGAAAUGUGAGAGAAUACAUAAUGAAGAUGAUAGAUAUAGCAACCAAACUGAAUGACCUUGAGAUGCCCUUGAAAGAUGACUAUGUCAUUCAACAUGCACUGAACACCCUGCCAAAUAUGUUCAGCCAGCUGAAAACCAGCCAUUUUUCUCAGAAGGACAAGUGGAGCCUUGAUGAGUUUAUUGCCAUUUGUACUCAAGAUGAGAACAGAAUAAGGAGGGAGAAAGAGUUGACUGUGAACUUGGUUGACAAACCUGAGUGGAAACAUGCUAACAAGCUGAAACCAAAUAAAACAAAUGGUGCUGCUGUUGUGAAACCUGACCAGAAACUCAAACCUUUCCAGUUUAUGUGCUAUUUUUGCAAGAAAAAUGGUUAUAUGAAGAGGGAUUGUAAUAGUUACAAGAAUUGGGUGUCAAAGAGAGGGGUUCACAAAGAGGAGGGCACCGAGGAAAAAUAAAGUCAACAUUUGUGUAGGCUAUAGGCAGUUUAAAGCUAGACUUAUGAUUUGGAGUUUCUUGUUUUGUUUUUAGAUGAUGUUCUUUUUAUGUACCUUUCGUGAGAAUGAAUUUGUUAAGUUUUUCUAGUUUAGUCAAACUUGGUUGUAGUUUCUUAAUUAAUGAUUCUGAAAUAAAAGUUUCAAAAAUUCUCAGCAAACUGCUUCUGGCUCUUAUAUUGUUGAUUACUUGCUUCUACAUUGUAAUAUUUCUGAACAUGUUUUGGCUAUUGAAAACACAGAAAACAAUUGAAGUUAAAAGAAUUUUGUUUAAAGAAAAUUCACCUACACUUUGUCACUGCAGGUUAGGGCACAUUUCAAAAGAAAGAUUGAUUUUGUUAAAUAUAGAACAAGAAUUGUGUUCUACAAAACUGUUUUGAUCACUGAACUUCUUGAACUUAUUCACAGACUUUUGUGGACCAUUAAAUUCUCUUACAAUUUGUGAGGACCAUGAUGUGCACCUCAGUUCUACUAAUUUUGGGGAAGCCCUGAACCUUGGAACAACAGAAAACCUAUCUUGUGUCACACACAUGUUUGGGGCUGCAAAGUUGUAGCCAAAAUCUAUAACCCUUAGUUACAGAAACUUAAACUUGAUCCCAAAAAUCUCUGCUAUUUUUCAUAGGUUCAGAUUUUACUCAUAACACCACUCCACCAAAAUCAUUCAAACCAACAAGGCCCAAUUUUUGUUGAGUUCAACGCAGAAGUUCUAAAUAUUUUGAGUUUGAGUUGGACUCAGAUUACUGUUGCAUGACCUCUAGCACCACAAAUACAUAUUGCUCCACCACCACCACAACCCAAAAGGUCAAAUAUGACAUAUCUGCAGGAGGAUGAAUGUGAUUGGGGGGAAGAUAAUGAUCCAAUCACAUUCAGACAAGCCACUGAGAUUGUUGAAACAAUGAUAAAUGGAGUGAGGCAAUGCAAUCUCUUUUGGAAUCCAUGUAUAAGACUCAAUGUUUUUUGAACUUGUAGAACCACCUACAAACCAAAAACUAAUAGGAAUACCGAAUACACACUAGAAACAGAAAAGAUGAAUUCCAAACCUUUUUGCUAGGCUUGUGGGCAGUCUUAUGUAUCUAGGUAUGCACAAGACCUGAUUUGUCUUAUGUAGUAGGAA